AUCGGGUCAAAGGUCACAGGUUAUCUGAUCAAACACAGCAGACAUCCAAUAAUAAUCCACAUUAAAAUGAGACCCAGUGACAGUGAGAAUGUUUUAUAUGAGGCAAGAAUGACAACCUCUCUGCACUGUCCCUUUAACUCACUAACUAACAAACAAACUCACUAACUAACUCAAUAACUAACUACUGCUGUUUGGGUCCAGAACAACAGGACUGUAGGACACCACGUCCUUCACCUUGUUCCAGAUGUUGAUGGCCAGGUUGUCCAGGUGUUUGGCCUCGUCUAUCAGAGCUCCAACAGGGGGCGCUGCUUCUCUCUGUGGCUCUGACUAUAUCUGACUCAGAGCCUCCAUCUGCUCCUUCAUCAUGAGAGUCUUCUGCUCCUCUUCCUCUUCUUACACUGCUCCUUCAUCCGUGUCUCUGUGCGUCGGGCCUGGACAUUCAGUCACCACUUCUGUGUUCUGCUGUUGCUGAACUUUGUCCAGACUCUCUAAGUUCUCCUUGAAGGUCUCCAGAGUUUCCUGAAUUUGCUUCUUGUGUUGUUGUGCAGCUUCAUCGUUGUGUUUUUCUGAAUCUCUGCAGAUGAGACACACUGGCUGCUGAUGGUCCAGACAGAGAACCUCUGAAGACCUCGGACCUCGCUCCUGUAAGAAGGUCUCGCGCGUGUUCUUUAAAACCAGGUUACAUGGUGGUUCUUCCUCUGAAGACCUCGGACCUCGCUCCUGUAAGAAGGUCUCGCACGUGUUCUUUAAAACCAGGUGACAAGGUGGUUCUUCCUCUGAAGACCUUCUCUGACUAACAGGACAGUCUGGUGUUGGUCUGUCUGUCUGUCCACCAUGUCUUCACACAGUCAUUGUAAACUCACUGUAUGUUUUCAAGCAAACAACGCCCUCGCUGAGCACAAUGGUCAGAUGUGGUACUGCAGGUGGAAGUGCCGUUACAGUUCUGUCUGUUCACUCCUCCUCACUUCACCUGUGCACACCUGAGACACACACACACAGACACAGACAGAGACAGACAGACACUCUGCAGCUGUGUUUAUGGACAAACUGAGGAAGGUUCUGAAAGGUGAGGAUGAAGAUGAGAACACGGACGGAGCUGGAGUCCUGGAGAGAGUCAAUGAAGCGUCCACGUUGGGUUGGGGGACAAGGGUCAGAGGUUUCUUGGUCUGCCUCGUCCUCGGCGCCUUCUUCUGCGUCCUGGCCACCUUCAUGCUGUGGAUCCCAGGCUUUGGUCUGGCUGUAUUUGUUGUCUUCUACACCAUAGGAAACAUCUGUGCACUGACCAGCUCCAUGUUCUUGGUCGGUCCAUGUCGACAACUGAGGAGCAUGUGUGCUAAAGAGAGAGCGCUAGCUACUGUACUGAUGGUGGUGUGUCUUGUGUUGACGAUGUGUUCUGCGUACUGGUGGACCAACUUCACCCUUGCUCUGAUUUUCUGUAUCCUUCAGAUUCUGGCUUUUAUCUGGUACGGCCUCUCCUACGUUCCGUAUGCUCGAGAGACCUUCGUUAAAGUCUGCUCCGUCUGCUGUUGUUAGACUAUUUGUUGUACUAUGUAUUGAUCAUUGCUUAUUGAUCAGGAACAGGUGAUGUGUGUGUGUGUGUCUGUGUGUACCUGCAGCGAUAUCGUCGUCUCUAUGUUUGUUAAAUCUCUAAAGCCUGUAAUCUCCACCCUGUACUGUCCACUGAUUAAAACACACACACACACAGAGUCACAUAUCGUGUGUCGUCAUGUGUUUCCUCUCCUACAUUACACGCUGUUUUUCUUCAUGUGACAUUUAAAGCUGCAGCAGAGGAACACACACACACACACACACACAGUCAGCACAAAGUGCAGAGUCAUGCUUUGACGUUUCCUAUUUGAAAAUCUUCAUCAGCCAAACAUCUGUCCACACUUGAACAGUCAGAGUGUGAACACAUGAACGUUUACUCAUAGUUUUGAAAAAGUCAAAUUUUUAUAACUCACAAAAAAUGUAUACAAAUAAAGUCACUGUGGACGGAUUUUAUACGUUUAUCCACCGUGUCAACUUUUAAUAAAGACUGUAAAACACU